AUUGCUAGUUCAAUUGCAACUAUUUUUAGUCUGACAUUCAUUUAAAAAUAGCAAAUGAAACAUAAAUUAUUCAAAGUAAACAAUCAGUUUGUUUCUUUUUUAUAUAAAUUUAAAGUGCUACCUUUGCUAAUUGCUAACAAAGCUAACUACGUUAUAUAAUACAAGCACAACUUGAAAAUAUUGUAGCGACAUUGGUGCAGAUUGACAGAUUGCUGUGCUAACAUAGCUGAAGCACUAACAAAGACCAGAGCAGUUCAAAUGUAUCAGACUUCUUCCCUGGUUGUCAGCUUUACCUGGUGGAAGUGUCCGGUGAUCUCGGGUAUGAACCAGACGAUGGGCAGCCCCAUGAGGGUCAGCAGAGACAUCUUCCACGACAGACUGAACAUGAAGAACAUGAGGAAGCCAAACCUGCUGGUGUACCACAUGGCCAGGCUCAGCUUCUCGCUCAGAGCUUCGCUCAAGUCGUUGGUGUCGGUGGUGAUUCUGGACACCAGCUCACCUGGCGGCGCAAGGCAAAGGGGUUGACCCCGGGAACAUGUGACUGACUAGUGGCCGCAGCCUUACCUGUCGGGGUGACGUCGAAGAAGGCCAUCUCCUGCUGCAUCACGGCCUGGAAGACGAUUCCCUGGACGGAAGUGUGAACACGGCUCAUGGUCACGUUGUAGAUCAUGUCGCAGAUGAACUCGCACAGAACACUGGAACGAGAGUUACCUUCCAAUGAGCUCCUCCCCCUCCUGCCUGCCUCUCAUUCACUCCACUUACCUGGCCACAGUCAUCACCGUCAUCAUCUUGAUGGUCUGAGAGAAGAGAUCGGAGGAGUCUUCGUUUGCGAUCCAGUCAGCGACGUGGCCGGUGUAUUUGGGAAUCGCUGUCUCACCUGUGAGAGCAAACAUAAAAAUGUUUAUUGCUCAGGAUUUCAGCCACGGUCUCAGAAACCACUCACUCACCAAACGACGAAAGGUUGACCAGCGCAAACACCAGCACGAAGCGCCCGGUAUAGGGCGCCAUGUAUCCCAGCAUCCUCCUCAGAGAGGAAGUGCUCCCAGCCUUCCGCCGCUCACUGGGCUUCCCAAAAGAGCAGACGCAGGUCCAGCAGGAGAGUAAAAAGGACGAGACGUAUUUGCUCCAGUAGAGCCAGGAGACCAUUGUGAGGACAUAGCUCUGCAGCACCUGAGGAGGAAUGCACUCAGCUGUGUGUCCUAGACUCAGAGAUGUGACUCGCUUGAACACCCACCCGGGUCCAGGAGCUCCAGGCCCACAGCUCCUCUGGUGCGGACUGACCCCGCACACACAGGAGACAGACGUACACGGGGUAGAGGAAGCACAGGACACAGAUCCGCUGCAGCCCCUCCGAGCUCCUCACCCACUGUGGGCAAGCAGGGGCGGUGCAGGCCAAACUCAGGAGGCAGGCUCUAGCCAGGCAGGCUCCCCACACCGUGACCACAGGGUAAGGGAGGAAGAGCGGGGACACCUGCACCAGGCUGAUGGCCUGCACCAGGACCAGGUCCAGACCCACCAGGAGGAGGCCGAAGAUCAUUUCCUGCAUCACAAAGAAGAGCGAAAGGGAAAGUAUAAACUGAUGAGUCAUGCUUCUUUUCUGUUCCAUCUACAGAGAAAUAUCGACUGUUUUCACUAUUCUUUCAUUCCCAAAACAUCAUUUUCUUAAUAAUACUCCUGCUGUCCUUCACUUAGGAGCAAUGAGGUGGGGUUUUAAAACGUUAAGAUGAGGUUCCAGGCUACUUACUUGCACAUUUUUACCCACAGAAAACAUGAAGUGGUCUGACUGCAUUGUAGUACUGUGCUGGAAUAAUGGAUCUUAUCUUCAGUUUGCUGCUGUGAAGUGGACUACUGUUGCAAGUAGUGCACUUCACUUUCACUUUUACUUACGCGCACGUUCUUCUUGAAGUCGUUUUAACGACAACGCCAUGUUUCAACUACUCGCACUGGUAUUCAAAAUAAGCUCAUUUCUAUUUGGAUGUGCCUCGGCAGCGUAUUCAUAAACAAGUUACCACUACGCGGGUUGAACGUCGUCGUUUUAAAUAGUCUGGAAGCUGAACUUACCAUUCCUUCAACAAUACGGAUCCUCAAAACGUUCAAAUGGUUCGAUGAAGUAGAGAAAAGCUACAAAAGGUGUUUCAAAUGGCAGCAGCAACUGCAGCACGGCGACAUGGUGAGUCGCGUGAAAACGAAACUAAAACUUGGCAGUGCAGCUGGAAAAUCCCCGGAAGAAUUAACAAGGACAACAUGGUUAAUAAUUUAGUAAUUGCUAUUUAUUCACUCUACUGACUAUACAUCGAUGGAAACUGUUCCUAUAUUACAUGUUAUUAAAAACAUUUAUAUAAAAAAAAUACAUAAGACGAGAAGGUUCGAUGGCGACACCCAAUGGCGAUGCGGUGAAACAGCAUCACUAUUGCCAGUUGACCUCAGCAUUUAAAAAAUAUGUAUAUAAAAUUAUAUCAAUAUAUGUAAGUCAGUAAAUAACCAUAGCUAAGUGAUUGUGGGUGUCAUUCAAAAUAACUAUUAGUUGAGGAAGAUUCACCCUUAAGCAGUGAAGAACACAAAGAACAAAAUGUGUCAUGUUAAUAAGCACUUGCUUUAUACCAUUUCAGAAUUAUUCAAGUUAAAUGAGAUUGUCUUUUUUCUUCAGAUCUGAUGUUGAUGAUCGUAACUUAAUGUUAAAAUGGAUGAAUGUGGUGGAAACUUACAAAUACUAGAGGCAAGUCUCUAUAUUUCAAAUUCAAACCUCAUGCAGCCAAGACGAGGUCAGCGCUGCAAAUACACACACAUCUGGUCGUCGCCCUUCUAUUCUUCUCCACACAGUGGCAGGAAGUCGUCGGCAUAUCCGCAGAACAAGAGCGAGGGAGGAGAGCGGGCUGACGAUGGCGGUGGUGAUGGAAGUGGACGCUUGGAGCUAAUGAGGGACCAUAUCUGGACUGGACCAGAGCGGAGUAUUUAUUCUGGGUUCAACCAAGCAGCUGGUGAUCCGAGCAGACCAACAAGCGGAGCAUCGUUUACCUGAGACGAUACAUGAUGUCUGGCCUGCAGGUGCUGUUUCUUGUGGGACUCAGUUGGACUUGUGAAGCCACCGUCACAUUCCUGAGUUUGGGCCACCUUUGACCUUUAUCCAGUCCGAGCCCACUCCAUUUCCUGAUGCUAUUCACUUCUCCUGGAAACUUCCUGUUUAUGUCGGGCCUGUUUCCUGUUCCCUCUGACGGUCAGAGACGGGAACCACCUCGCUGGACUUGACCUGACUGGAACAAUGAGCACUAAAUCUGGUGGAAAGUCGUGGAGUAGAAAUGUACCUACUGUAGUAGCAGUUGAAGUAGAGCCACCAAAAACAGGAUCUAGGAGUGGAUCACCCUCGACACUUUCUCUGUUCACAUCAGUCGCAGUGGCGUCUGCUGGAGAUCCGUGGGGUCAGUGUCCCGCUGUCAGAAAGUGCAAGGAUAAAUUCAGGGACGGAUCAUGCGACAUGGAGUGUUUAGACCCGGUUUGUCUCCGGGACGGAUUCGACUGCCACAAGGACCUGGGCUACUGCAAUCCUGGCCACAUCCCGUACUGCCGCAACCACUACUCCAAUUCCCACUGCGACCAGGGCUGCGACAGCGCCGCCUGUGGUUGGGACGGCAGCGACUGCUUCACGCAGCAGAGCUCUGUGUGGGCCCAGGGGACACUGGUCCUGCACGCCAACAUCCCCAAACAUGACGGCGUCUUCAACAGCUCCCUGCUGUGGGCGCUCAGUGUUCUUCUCCAGACGCCGCUGAAGCUCAGGGGAUCCUCCUCCCUGGCUGCCAGCAAAAAGCUGUUUGACUUUGACGCGCAGCAGCUUGCAAACCUGCUGACUCAGUCGUCACCUGUGGACUCCAAUGGCUCCCUCCUCUUCCUCCAGGUGGACAACCGUCCCUGCUCACGUGUGCCCUCCACCUGCUUCCCCUACGCCACCGAGGCAGCCAGUUUCCUUCGUGCCAUGAUGUCAAAGCCUGCUGUGUUCACCACGCUCCCAGAGUUGAAGGCCGUCAUCAAUAUCAGAGGGGUCCGGGAGGAGAUAGGAAGCAGAGAGGAGGAGCUCGACGUGAAGGAAGUGGAAGCAGAGGCGACACCGGUGUGGCUGUGGGCCGUGGUGGCCAUCGCGGUGGGUCUGCUACUGGGCCUGGGCGCGCUGGCCCUCCUGGUGGUGAGGCGGGUGAGACAGCGCCAGCAAGAGAGGGGCAGCGGCGAGCGGGUCAGGCACAGGUCAACUAUCACUGACGCAGAGGGCAAGACCAAAAGCUGGCCUUCACACGCAGCACCGCAGGAACAAAGAGCGCGAUCCUGCCGGGAGAAGGAGAAGCUCAGCUUGAGGAAGAAGAAGAAAGCAAAGGAAACGGAGAAGAAGAGACGGAGGGAGCCGCUGGGUGAGGACGCCAUCAGGAUGAGGCCUCUCAAACGGGAGCAGGACAUUGGCAGCGACACAGAUUUCACCCAGAGCUCCAUGGAGGACAUCAACGCACGCUGCAGCAGACGACAGGAUGACGCUACCAUCUGUGACCACCGGGGGCAGGAGCAGAAGCAGUACCGCAGCGGCGGCUCUCAGUCCCGCAGGCCAGUACCAGCUCCCUCUAGAGGAUGGGAGAGGAACGCCAUGCCACCGCCUCUGCUCAGUCCACCUCAACAGUCUGCAGAGUGGUGUGGGCCAGACGGGUCCGUGGUUCUGAUCAGGGCAGUGCGGAGCGGGCUGGACCGAGUGGUUCUGGAGCUGCUGAGAGCUGGAGUCCAGGUUAACAACACAGAUCAUACUGGGAGGUCAGCUUUGCACUGGUCCGCCUCCGUCAAUCACCUCUCUCUGACGAGGACCCUGAUUCGCUACGGGGCUGCGGUGGACCUGCAGGACAACAAGGGGGAGACACCACUUUUUCUUGCCGCGCUCUAUGGUUGCUACGACACCACCAGACUCCUCCUCCUUCACGGCGCCAACCUGGAACUACAUGACCGCAGAGGUCGGCGGCCAACAGAUGUGGCCCGCGAGGGCAUGCACCACCAGGUCCUGGAGCUUCUGUUGGCCCACCAAAUCCAAAGAGGGCCCGUUCCAGUGGAGACCACCAACGACAUGCUGUGGGAGGAGAGAACCCUGAUGUACUCGCCCUGGGUCGGCACCCAAGGGCUGCCAGGCAGGAGCGCCUCCUUCUCUGGGAUAGUGGGGUGUCGGGACAUGACGCCUCCACCUCAGAGCGACUGGUCGGUGGGCAGAGUGCAGCAGUACCCCUCCCCUCAAAACUGGAGACCACAAAUCAACCAAUCGGCAACAGCGCUGGUCCCUCCCAGGAUCAUGGGUCGCUCCCCUCGGCCAAUCAGCACGUUACAGGAGGUCACCUCCGAAGACGAGGAUCGGGAUCGUCACCAGGAUGCAUCAAGAGCCGGGACACCGCACUUCCUGUGCCCCCAGCCCGCCCCUCGCCAGCGCUCCUUCUCCUGCACCCAGCAUGCUUUGCAGCGCCGCGCUAGUGCCCACCAGCCAGAGCCCAACUACGUCAUCGUGACGGACAGAUCGGGCAGCGAACCCGUGGAGAGGAUUGUGGUUCCGCCUCCAACAGAAACCGCCAUCCAUUUGGAUCACCAACCAGUAGGAGGCGACACACCAAGUAGAGCAGAACCAACCCUCAUAAAUGCUUCCAGCUUAGAGCCAAAAUCCAGGGGUGAAAGGUUAAACAACACAAGCGAGUCCCCACAAACCGCUCUGUAGGGGACCCAUGUCCACACUUCUACCAGCCACAAUAGACUCCCAAGCACUCACAACAUGUUUUCAUUCAAUGGCACCCUCAUCCCCUGGCUUGCUGGGAUCCAAGGUUGUUGGAGUUAAUGCAAGAAACUGGACAAACCUGAAGCGCUGGACUAGAAUCCCAACAUUCAGCUUCAUGUUCAACUUCAGUGCCCCAACAGCUCCCCCGUGAGGUCGAACUCGAACUCAUCAAAUGUCGUCUGCUCACCAUCCUCCAGUUUUACACCUUCAUUUCAACUCAUUCUAACGCUUGCAACCUCUUCUACUUGACAUCACGUCACGCACUAACAACAAUGCGAUGCUGAACUACUGAACCCAACGUCAAAAGCCACGUGUCUAUUGAAUGUGUUUUAGUUUUACUUUGAAAUUGUAAAUUCUGCUACCAUAUUUUACGUGUCCGAAAUACUUGUUUUCAAUAACUUGUUUGGAAAGAAAUAUUUUUAUACGCUUUCAUAUUUUUUUACGAUCUUGGUAAGUACAUAGAUGCUGCUCUCUGAUUAACAUAUUAUAUAUCACAUAUUAAUAAAAACGUCUGACCUCGAUACAAAUACCCAGCAUGUAUGACACCUUUUUUUAAUUAAAAUAAAUAAAUCACACAAAAUAUAUUCAAACUAUCUCUUUCUGUCGCCACCUACUGACCAAGAUAGGUAGUUCACGUGUCAUCGUGGGAAGCUGCAGUCGCACUUCUAAAGUGUGAAGAGUCCACCAUCAUCAGUGGGAGUGUGUGAAGUGUGUCGGUGGAGUCCUGUGAACCAGGAGGUUCCCACACACUUCCACUCACUCGCAUUUUAAUGACCAGUCCCACUUGUGACAGAACUGAACCAAAUACGGAAUUUGCGAUACAGCGAGAUCAACUCUACGCUUUUAUUGACGAAAUGUAAAUGACAAGUACAACAGAUAUUUACACAGUUGGCAAGCGCAAAAUGUGACGUCACAUUAGACAGUAGUUUGGAAUCGAUAUUUUUUCCAUUUCUUUCUAAAUGAAUCGUUAAAAAAUAAGCGCUUAUAGCUGUUCAAAAGAGAGUUAAGUGGCUGCUUUGACGUUCUGUUGAAGUCAUGUGACCAACUGACGACGCGGGAGCUCUUGGGACGCGUGUCGCACACAUGAACGCGAUUUCUGUUGUUGAAAUAAUGUUCAGUGUUAAUGUCUGACUGAAUAUAUUUAUGUGAAUUGGACUCCCACAUGAUUCGGCAACACAACUGUCACCUCAGCCGCGUUGAAGUGGGAACCUCAGGCUGCUCCGGCCUCCACACACACUCCUCCAACAAGGUACCGAUUCCAACAGCUAAUAAAAGUGCAAAUGGAGCUGCUGACUUCAUCUUCCCACAGUCACGAUCAAUGUUCUUAAUGAGCGUGUGAAGCUCCACGAUCCUCCACACACACUUCUGGCAACGACCCUCGAGUUUUCACACGUCAUGAAAGUCUGCCUCUCGUUCCCGGGACUUGGCUGAAGCAUUUGUAUCAGUCGACUCACAGAGAAGGAGACGGUUAUGUGGGAAUGCAAACGCUCAUCAAUGCUGGAUUCACAUUCAUUCAUCUUGAAGCAAGAGGCCGUUGACAAAAGUCAUCAGCCAUUUUGACAACUCAGUGGCAGAUCAUGUUGACACCAGCUCUGUCUGGAACUGAAGCUUAAGUUUAAAUGAAAAAAUUUCCUCUAAAAUCUCACGUCAAAAGCAAAUAUCUAAUUUUCUGCAGUCAAAUGAAGAUAAUGAGUUUGGGGAUUGGCUGCAGAGCAAUAAAAGUGGAGCUGGGAGGAGCUUGGUUUACGGCAGCUCAGCUUUAAAGCUCCUCACCGAGGAGUCUGGCUCCACUGACCGACUGAGCUGCUGUGACCUAGUGACCAUGAAGCUGAUCUCAGAGCAGAGCAGACACACCGACAGAAAGAUCCUCAAACCGCAAGUGGAGAAGCGGCGCAGAGAGAGGAUGAACCGAAGCCUGGACAACCUGAAGACCCUGCUGAUGCUGCAGGAGCAGAGUCAGCGUAGAGUGGAGAAAGCUGAGAUCCUGGAGCAGACUGUGGCCUUCCUGCACAACCACCACAAACGCUCCUUCCACGACGGCUUCUCCUCCUGCCUGCAGAUGGCGACUCGCUUCCUGGGACCUGACAGGAAGGAUGUGGAUUCAUCCAUGGUGGCUCGACUCUCACAGCCAGACUCUUCCAAGGGUUCCACGUGUGCCUCUCUCAGCAAGCCCUCCACUUCGUUCCUGUGGAUGUUGCUCCACAUGUCCAAACAAAGUCACAGCGUCACAGAAACCAGCUUUUCCUCCACAUCACAAACACCAACUGAGCUGCAAAGGCGACCUUUGACCCAACCUCUGUGGAGGCCGUGGCACUCGUUGCCAUAGUCACAACACUGACCGAACUUUUCCAUGGACAG